AGUUGGAGGGAUAUGAUAGUAAUUUAAAAUGUGGCAGAGUUGAGUUUAAGAAUUGAGAAAAAAUAUCAAUCCUCUUGGAGUAGCAGUGGCGGGGUUAGCUACAGUGAAUCCAUGGCCAUGGCGGCUGCAUUUGCAACUACAACUGCAACACUGAGACUGCCAAAUGUUGGAGAAAGCAAAAGUUUGCAGCUCCGUAAGUGUAACCCUAAUCCCAAUAAGCUUAAGGUUAUGCGGGGGUUUGGCGGUUGUUCUGGAGUGGCAGUGAGUGUGAGAAUUGGAAUUGGAAGGGUUCGGGCGAGUUCGAGUUCUUCUUCUUCUGAGGAGGAGGAGGAGGCAGUGAGUGUGCAGUCAAAAGUGACUCAGAAAGUAUACUUCGACGUGAGUAUUGGAAAUCCAGUUGGGAAGUUUGUGGGACGGAUUGUGAUUGGACUGUACGGCGACGAUGUCCCCCAAACGGCUGAGAACUUCCGUGCCCUUUGUACUGGCGAGAAGGGCUUUGGAUAUAAGGGUUCUACCGUCCAUCGUGUCAUCAAGGAUUUCAUGAUUCAAGGAGGAGACUUUGACAAAGGAAAUGGAACUGGAGGCAAAAGUAUAUAUGGUCGUACUUUCAAAGAUGAGAAUUUUAAUUUGUCUCACACUGGACCGGGAGUUGUCAGCAUGGCAAAUGCAGGUCCCAACACAAAUGGGAGUCAGUUUUUUAUAUGCACUGUCAAGACACCUUGGCUGGAUCAGAGGCAUGUGGUAUUUGGCCAAGUUUUGGAAGGCAUGGCCAUUGUUAGGUUGAUCGAAUCACAGGAGACAGAUAGGGGUGACCGUCCUAGAAAGAAGGUGACCAUUAGUGACUGUGGUGAGCUUCCAAUUGCUUGAGGUGGUUCUUGUGUAAUUUUGUUGGUUAUUCUUUCUAUUAACUUGUUGAGAUUGAGAAUGGAAAGAGGGGUGGGGAAGAAGAAACUCUAGCUUUCUUGAAAUUUUUGUUUGACUAUUCUUAAGAUAUGUUCAGUAACUCCUUAUUUUCAUACUGAACCAACAAACUUUUAGCAGCCACAUGUAUUCUGAUUUGAGUUGUUGUCGGGUUAGAAAAUUUAAUGGGCCAUUUGAAUGGUAUCUCCUUAAGCCGAAGUGCAGUUUCCAUGAGGAAUUGGAUGGCCAGAGAAUUAUUGGAGUCUUCUACAAGAUGCAUGAUCAAAUGUGGAAUUCAUUUAGUUGAAUUUGGAAAGAAUAAAACUUCUUUAAA